AUGGCUCUUUCUCGGAGCUCGUCUACUUCGGCCAGCACGUUCAAAACGGCGGUAGAGACGGCCGAGAAGCUUGUACAGCCCCAGCUGAGCCUGACUUUCCACGAUCCGUUCUCGAUAGUCAGCCACGAAAUGUCCAACUUAGCCAAGUCUAUAGCAAAUUUAAUUGGCUCGGGUCAUCCAACACUCAAUCGUGUCAGUUCGUACUACUUUGAAGCCGAGGGCAAGAACGUCAGGCCGUUGAUCGUGUUGCUCUUGUCUAAGUCUCUCGCAGCGAUCCCAAUAGAACAGCGCAACAGAAUAAAGAUUGACACCUAUGAUGUCACCAACCAGCCCCAUUACAACGGAACGCCUACGGAGACAGUAGUAGCUGGUAACUCUGUAGACGACUCCAUUUCGCCAUUGGCAAUUUUGCACGGAAUCAAUCCAAGAGUUAUCUUGGAUCCGUUAUCGAAGCCUAUGGACAAGUUGCCUGAGUUCGAUGCAAUGAACGGAAUAUUGCCCAAGCAACGGCGUUUGGCUGAAAUCGUUGAGAUGAUCCAUACAGCAUCGCUCUUGCACGACGAUGUUAUCGACUUGUCGGACUCCAGACGUGGAAGACCCAGCGGAAACAUCGCAUUCACUAAUAAGAUGGCUGUGUUGGCUGGCGACUUCUUGUUGGGCAGAGCGUCUGUAGCUAUUGCCCGUUUGAGAAACCCUGAGGUCAUUGAGCUCUUGUCGACUACCAUUGCGAACUUAGUCGAAGGAGAGUUCAUGCAGUUGAAAAACACUGUGAUGAGCAACGAUUCUCAAAGUAUCGUAAAUGAUGGAGAGAAAAAAGUCAUACCAGAGCCAACGGGAAAAGUGCCCACCAAACAGCACGAAUACUCAGUAUCGACUCCAGCCGAAGUAGACCACAUCACUAACGUCGAUGCUGCAUUCGAAUACUACUUGCAUAAGACAUACUUGAAGACAGCUUCGUUAAUGUCGAAGCUGUCGCGUGCUGCUGCCGUUUUAAGCGGAGCCCACGACGACAUCAUUGAGAACUGUUACGAGUUCGGUCGUAACUUGGGUUUGUGUUUCCAGAUCGUGGACGACAUGCUAGACUACACUGCUAGUGAUGCAACUUUCGGAAAGCCAAGUCAGGCUGACUUGAAGUUAGGGUUGGCUACGGCUCCCAUCCUCUUUGCCUGGAAGGAACAGCCCGAGUUGGGAGAGUUGAUUGCCAGAAAGUUUAGCGAGCCUGGAGAUGUCGAAAUCGCCAGAAAUGCCGUCAAAAAGUACCUGGGCUUGGAAAAGACUAGAGAAAUGGCUCACGAAUAUUGCUACAAAGCGUUGCAGAACUUGCGUGUUUUGCCAGAAUCAGAUGCCAGGAGCGCUUUGGAGUUCUUGACCAACUCGGUGCUAACUAGAAACAAGUGAACCACUGGCGAUUCAUAGAGCUAUACUUCUACAUCUAUUCUAAAUAACC